AUGUCUUAAGUAUUAGGUUGCAUUGGUUAAAUUUUCGGUUUUAAUGGAUCUAAAGAACCUUAAUUUUAGCUACUUAAAUAAUAACCUUAUUAAAUUAGAAAGAUUUAAUCAUAUAUUAUUGCAAAAGUAUAAAUAAAAAAUAAAAAUGAAAACUAAGCAUUUAGAAUUUUAGCAAAUUAUAUAGGAGCGUUUGGAAAACCUUUUAAUACAAAAAGUAAAUCGCUUGCAAUGACAGCUCCUGUUUUAAAAGAACCAAUAAAAAUUUAGAUGACAACACCAGUUUUAAAUUAAAAUGAGUUUUUAUCUUUUGUGCUUCCGUUUGAAUAUUCAUAAAUAGAUUAAGUUCCUGAGCCAAAUGACAAAGAAAUUGUUUUCGAAAAAGUAGAUGAAUAAGUUGUUGCUGUAUGCUAAUUUUCAGGAAUUACAAAUGAUAAAAUAUUUAAAAGUAAACUUGAAGAAUUGUAUAAAUAAAUUAAAAAUGAUAGAUUUAUAAAUGAAGAAGAAAAUAUUGAACAAUUAAAUUAUUAAUUUGCACGUUAUAAUCCACCUUUUUGUAUUCCCUUUAUGAGAAGAAAUGAAGUUUGGAUUAUAUUAAAUGAAUAAAAAGUUAAUUCUAUAAUUAUUUAAAAAGAAUGA